AUGUCCGUCGACCAUGAAGCCCACCCGCCGCCUCCAUCGAACCCAUCCUUAUCGGCAGUGGCUGUCAAGUUACCACAAUUUUUUGACCGCAACCCGGCCGUGUGGUUUAUCCAAACGGAGGCGCAAUUUCAUCUCGCUGGCGUAACAUCACAACUGACGAAAUUUUACCACGUCACCUCCGCCCUCACCCCAACUGCGGCCGAUGAGGUGUACGACGUCCUCGCCAACCCCUCGCCAACCACACCUUACGACCAGCUCAAGCAAGCCCUCCUGCAACGCACCACCUCCUCCAGCCGGUCCCGCCUUCAACAACUGCUAUCCGCUGAAGAGCUGGGAGACCGCCGCCCCACACAGCUACUUCGCCGAAUGCGGCAGCUGCUUGGCGACAAUUCCGCUACCAUGGACGAUGUUCUUCUCCGUGAACUAUUUUUACAACGUCUGCCACAGAACGUUCAAAUGGUUCUGGCAACAGCAGCGAACAUGUCACUCGACCAGCUGGCUACGCUCGCAGAUGCGGUUGUUGAGGUCGCCACCCCGUCCAUCGCUGCCACCGCUGCACCACAACACCCCGUUCUUCCAACACCGUCUGCAGCGGCAAGCCCUUCUGGCUCUCCGCAAUUAGAAGACCUCUGCCGCGAGUUCCGCGCGCUUGCCUCUCGAAUUGCAGCAUCACAUGCUCCACCGCAGCAAACUCGUCAACCCUACCGUCGCCGCCGUUUCAGUCGGAGUCCACGGCACUAUUCUCCCAGCCGCUCGAAUAGCAGAGACCGCGACGGAAGCCUGGCGACGACGAUUUGCUGGUACCAUCGCAAGUUUGGCGCCGAGGCCCGUCAUUGCCUACUACUAUGUUCUUGGCAGCAGGGAAACCCGCCCGCGGGCCAUUGA